GGGGUGCGCUGGGCCCCACUGUGACAGGGGUAAGGACACCUGUCAGGAGCGCGCUUCGGAGAAGGGCAGAGCCGCGAUCCCGCAGGUGGGGCGCGCCGCGCGUGGUUGGAGUUUCGCACAGGUGAAAGGGCGGGAGCGCGCUCAGGUGCCCCGAGGCUGGUAGUGCGCGAGGACGCGCAUGCAGGAUCCAGAGGGGUUACGCACGGGAGCAAAAGAAGAGGUUUCGCGGGGACGCGCGCUGGGUGCUGGGUGCAGGGCGCGCCAGUGACCACUGGCCGGGGCUCCGCGGGGGCGGCACCGGGGGGAUGUGGCCGCCGCUCCCGGGGGACGGACUCUUAAAGGCGGAGCCGGGAGCCUGGCAGGGGCAGCAGCAGCGAAAGACCCGGCAGGGCUGCCCAGUGCCUGGCAGCAGCAGGGGGACGCUGCCCGGGGCGCGCGGCUGGCACCCAAGGGUCCCCGCAGCAGGGCGCAGCCGAGCACCCAGGGUACCUGGGCAUGGCAGGGCCAGGAGGGGUCCCCGGGCCCUAGGGGCAGCGGUGCCAGGAGGGGUCCCCAGGCGCUAGGGGCAGCGGUGCCAGGAGCGGUCCCCGGGCGCUACCGGGUGGCAGUGCCGGAGGGGCCCCGGGGCUGUCGGGGGUACCUGGCUCCGCACUGAUGAGGGACCCCGGAGCCGUGGGAGGCAGCUGAGCCGUCGGCCAGACCCCGCGAUGCCCUGGCACGGCCCGCUGGCGCUCAGUCUGCUCUGCCUGGCCUGCUGCCUGCUGCCGCCGGGCCGGGGCUGCGGGCCGGGCCGGGGCCCGCCGGGGCGCAGGCGACAGGCCCGGAGACACCUGGUCCCGCUGCGCUACAAGCAGUUUGUGCCCAACGUGCCCGAGCAGAGCCUGGCUGCGAGCGGGCGGGCCGAGGGCCGGCUGGGGCGCCGCGCCGAGCGCUUCAGGGACCUGGUGCCCAACUACAACCCCGACAUCAUCUUCAAGGACGAGGAGAACACGGGGGCCGACCGGCUCAUGAGCCAGCGCUGCAAGGACCGUGUGAACGCGCUGGCCAUCGCUGUGAUGAACAUGUGGCCCGGCGUGAAGCUGCGGGUGACAGAAGGCUGGGACGAAGAUGGGCAUCACCUGCCCGACUCGCUGCACUACGAGGGGCGGGCACUGGACAUCACCACAUCUGACCGGGACAGGGAGAAGUAUGGCAUGCUGGCGCGCCUUGCCGUGGAGGCUGGCUUUGACUGGGUCUACUACGAGUCCAAGGCCCACAUCCAUGUGUCGGUGAAAGCAGAGAACUCCCUGGCCAGCCGGGCAGGCGGCUGCUUCCCAGGCCACGCCAGGGUGACACUGCAGAGCGGCGAGCGGAAGGGGCUGUCGGAGCUGCGCCGUGGUGACUGGGUGCUGGCCGUGGACCAGAGCGGCCAGGUGGUCCCCACCGAGGUGCUGCUUUUCCUGGACCGCGACCUACGCCGGCGUGUGUCCUUCGUGGCCAUCGAGACAGAGAGCCCCACCCACCGGCUGCUGCUCACGCCCUCCCACCUGGUGUUCGCUGCCCAGGGCCCGGCCAACGGCACGGCCAGCUUUGUGCCCAUCUUCGCCAGGCGGGUGCGGGCGGGCGACUCGGUGCUGGCCCACCACACUGGUGGACGCGGGCUGCAGCCGGUCCGGGUGCUGCGGGUGUCGCGGGAGGAGGGUGUGGGGGUGUUCGCCCCACUGACGUCACAUGGGACCCUCCUGGUCAACGGGGUGCUAGCCUCCUGCUAUGCCAUCCUGGAGAACCACCACUGGGCCCACCGCGCCUUCGCCCCGCUCCGGCUCCUCCAUGGCCUCCUCUCACUGCUGCCCCUGAGUGGCGAGGGCAAGAACGGCAGUGCGCCGGAGACGGGCCUGCAUUGGUACUCGCGGCUGCUCUACCAGCUGGCGUGGGGAGUGCUGGGCCAGGACUCCCUCCAGGCCUAGCGGCUGCGUUACAAUCAGUGACUCAGACAAAGUUAAUGUAACAAGCGGGAAGCAGGAGGCACUGGACCCAGAGUGGCUUCCAAGCUUUAUUGCAAGUGCCUUGGGAUCCCUGCAAGCCUUGGGAGCGGGGAAGGGGAGGGGAUGGGAUGGGAACCCGGGCCCCCAGCAGGGGAGCGAGGGGAUACUGGGUUCCUUGUUACAGCAUCCCAGGAAGUGUUCACGCUGACUGGGGGGACAGGGGUCUCAUGGCCAGCCCCGUGCGGGUGGGUGCACACUCAGCAGUGUCACUCUGGCACCUGCUGCUGGUGCCCCGGCCGUGUGACUGGCUCCGUAACUCCCCCCUGCAGGGCGUCUGGCCCCUGCCGUAUGGAGCCGAUGCUGCCCCUCUGUAUCUGUUCAUGCUUCGUGGCACUCCUGGGGUGACCCUGUACGGAGUGGGUGGGUGAGCCCCAAACCACACUCCUGUUGGGGCACCUCUCCCCAGUCCCUGUGUUUAUUGCUUCACUUAACCAGCAUGACUGGGCCUUGACUUGCUGCUUUCCCUGCUUGAGAUGAAAUCCCGACGCCGGUUUUGGGCUGGUGCCCACCCGGGCUGACCCAGGGGCAGAAUCGGGUCUGGAGGGUUUGCAGGCCCAGCCCAGCCCAUGGCUUUGGGCAUGUGCCAGCCCCAGGCUGGGUUCUCUGCUGCGCUCCCCAGCUCUGAUUCCACCGAAUGCAGCAGGUCAGACUCGGGCCAUCCCUCCCUCCUGUUACUAAUGCUUCUGCCAGGCCCCCUGCCCCCUACCCUCACUCUGCAGCCACCCCCCCAUCCUGGCAUGACCCCCACCCCACGCUUCUCCUUGGGCACGGCACCCACCUGCCCACCCUUCUAGUGUCUCCCCGAAGCGUUCAUCGAGGGAUUCUGCCCCAGCCCAUUCUGCUGCUACCCCACAGUGCCUGGGAGAUCCUCGGAAUGGUCAUCACCAGCAGCCAGCUGGCACGGCCGCCCCCUUUGCACCCUUGAGAGGAGGGAGUGGUGGCACUGGGCCCAGUUAGUGCCCCACCAAGGAGUUCAUGCAAGGGAGGGGUUGCAUAGUGGCUGCCUCGGGGUCCUUGGAAGGAGGAACAGAGGCAGGGCCCCUGAGCCCAGAUCCCACUGGGGAUGGUGGGGUGCCGAGCACACAGUCACGCUCCCGCAGGAGGCUCCGAGGCUGCAUCAUCAUCCCAAGACCCUCUGCCCAGCUGCGGUUCUCGGCCGCGCGGGAAGCCAUGCUCUGCCGGGCUCUGGGCUGGAUGGGCCUCCCCCGCAUUCCUCCAAAGCAGGGCUCAGAGGGAAUGAGCUCCAUGGGAGGAGUGGGGGGAGGCUCCAGGCAGGCUCUCUGACUCAGCUGCCCCACAACUGGGGCAGGAAUAGGGUGGCAGAGGGCCCCUGAGCUUUGAAGUCAGAGGGGUUCCCUUGUGUGGGGGUAACUCAUUGGCUUGAAAAGCCAGACCCUGGCCAUGCUCUCUUGGAAACUGUGGGAGCCAAGCACUAGUGUGGGCUAGUGGCUGGAAGAGGAGGGUGGGCAUCAGGACCCCUGGCUUCUAUUGUGGGCUCCAGGAGGGGAGUCCGGGCUAGCGUUCACACUGGGGGGGGCAUGACUCCUGGGUUCUUUUCGUGGCUCUGUGAGGGUGGCACAGCGAAGCUCACGUGUCUGUGUGUCCUGCCCGGCAAGGGUAAGCGCCUGGCUUCCUUGCCAGCCUGUUCUAGGCUGACUUGUGCUAGUCUGUGCGGGCAGUGCCAGGUGAGGGGAUGGGAUUCUCUCUCCUAGCCGCAAGGCCAGUCAGCAGCAGGGGCAGGACCCACGUACUGGGGCAAGUCGUUCCACUGAACUCGGGGGGGGGAGGUGCUAAUCGGGGAGUGGGGGGGCUACUCCCUCACUCUGUCUCAUGCAGGGGAGGCGAGUGGGGGGACGUGUAUCUUGGUAACAGGUUAACUCUGCACUGCUGGGCCCUGUCACUCUAACCCCCUAACCUUGCCCCCCACCCCUGGCUUAAGAGUUUUAUUUUUAUAUUUAGAAAGGGUAAUAUAAUUGUAUAUGCUGUUCCUCUCUCCCUUGGCUACCUCUGCUGCACACCGGGGGGUAGUGGGGUGCAGGGGAGGGGUUAAAGCUGUUUUAACUGUUUGGGUUUUUAAAAAAUAAUAUUUAAUUUUUGUUAA